AUGUCCAAGCGUCAACACUCGCACCUCGACGGCGACCUCACCGGGAAAAGGCCGCGGCGUGCGCCGAAGAAGCACCUCUACCUAGUGCUGGAUGAUUGGGACACGGGCUUCAGCAUCUACAAGGUUGAUGCCGACACUUUGCAAGAUACUACCUGCACCAGCGACGUGCAGUUUGGGUUCCCUGACCCUCCCGCCCUCCGGUUUCCCGUGCCAGUACGCCAUCUUGGCAUGAGCUUCACGGCCUUUGGUCACAGCAUCUUCAUCGCCACCAACCCACACUGUCCACAGACUCCCAUCCUCGUAUAUGACACCGAGAUAGCGGGAAUCACCAUCGGGCCAAGCCUACCACGUUCACUGCUUGGUGGCAUUGACAUCUCUGUGGCCACCGGUGAUAAGUUGUAUGCAUUGACAUCUCGCCAUGACGGCGAGUAG